UCUGGUGCUUAAUGGGAAAUUGUUUGAAAGACUGCAAAAUGCGAAGUUUCUUGAUUAUUUUGUGUGUUUCUUUAUUCGUUCGCCAAAAUAAGGCUUACACGCUACAACAGCGGCAACAGGGUGAUGUUUUCGCGCUAGAAUGCCUUGCAGAAACCGGAGUAAAUCCAGCUUCCAUAGCACAGCUUAAGGUGGGCGAUUUUUCUGCCGACGAUCAGCGAUCCAAGUGCUUCGUGCGGUGCUUUUUCGAAAAGGAAGGAUUUAUGAACGAUAAAGGCGGGUUGUUGACCGACAGCGUAAUUGAAGCUUUAUCCAGUGAUUUUGAUCGAGAGAAGGUGGAAGCAGUGAUGACAAAGUGUCAAGUGGAUGAGAAAAAAGAUGCCUGCGAUACUGCUUUUCAGGUUUAUGAGUGUCUGUACACAAAUAGAGAAAGUCUGUGAUAUCUGAUGUGUAUGCGUUGUAAAUCGGAGUCCUCGAUAUUAAGAUGUGAAGUAAAUAUUUGAACGAGAAAAAUUGAUAAGCAGUUCCUUUUUCAUUUUAUAACAGAUACGCAUGUAUAUGUAGUUUCGUGUUUGAUAAAGUGUGUUAGUCUUGUAGAGUAACUGAAGAGCAAAAUUUACUACAACAAAGAACUCGAUCAAAUUCAAUAGAAUCAAUUCAAGGAAAGAAACAUUUUCUUAGUAAGAGCAACCGUGAGUAACGUGAAGUUAACUUAAAGCGAGGUUAGCGUUUUAUUUUGAAAUAUCUUCGAAUAACUUGUCUAAAAGUUUGUAAUUGUCUCCAGAGAACAUUAAAUUGAUAAUGAUGAUCUUAACAGCUGAGCAAAACCACGCCAAAUGAUCUAUCGUCGAAUAUUGACCAUUUUAUUAGAAUACAAUUUUGCGCACGUAUCUGACUCAGCAAACUGAUUAUUUUCUGCGAGUCGAAAAAAUUUUUAGAAGCAAGAGUAAUUUUCUAAAA